CCCCCCUCUCUCCCGGCCCCUCGCCGCGACCUUCUCAAGAUGGCGUCUUUCUUGUUCUAUUGCCGACGGGUUCCAGGCCGCUGUCGCUGCGCCUUGAAAUGAACCCCGACUGAGAUGAGGAAUCGGAUUUCCAGAGGAAGGGAAUCCGGAUGGUUUGUUUGCUCUGAGGUCCACUUUGAAUUGACAUGGAGAAGUUUGGUGUGAACUUUGGUGGUGGCCCCAGUAAGAGAGAGCUUUUGGAUACCAUUGAAACUCAGAAGAAGCAACUGUUCCAGUACCAGGCACGUUUGAGAGACGUCGUGCAGGCUUACAAAAGUCUCCUUAAAGAGAAAGAGGCUUUAGAAGCCAGUUUAAAAGUUCUCUCUGUAUCACAGGAAGUAGAUAAUAAUUUACAGAACAUAGACUCUGUGAGUGCAGCGUUCUGCUCUGACAUUGGAGAUGAUCAAAGCUCAGUCCAUAGUGAGGACAGUCUGAGGACUGUGAAUAGUUUGGACACAACAGCCAGUUUGACUAGUAGCAACAAAGGAGAGUUAAAUAAUGAGGACAAGAUAUUGGGAGAAUUGGAAGCUGGGGGGAGCCCUCCAAAGAGUGAGGAAGCCAACAGUACUGAAAGUGGUAUUGUUGUGAGUGGGGAACAGCAGAGCCACAGUGAAACUGAUAAAAAAAUGCAAUUGAAAGGUCAUUUGGCAACACUGACAAAUGCUUUGGCAACUGUUACACAAGAAAAAUCACGAAUGGAAGCUUCUUAUUUAACAGACAAGAAGAAAAUGAGACAAGAGCUGGAAGACUUGACACAGAAGUUUCAAGAAGAAGACUCCAAAUAUGAAGCUGAGAUUAAAAAAGUCCAAGAACAACUAGCAGAGGCUAAGGCACGGAUUAUUACCCAGCAACAUGAGCGGGACCGGGAGCAAAUUGACCACGCCACAAUGCUUCAUGAACUUCAAAAGCUGCUGCAGGAAGAGAGAGCUUUUCGUCAAGAUAUUGAACUAAAACUUGAAGACACAAAGGAUAUAUUGACUUCAAAAAGUUAUGCGGCAGAUAGGGUAGAUGACUGCGAGGCUCAAAUGAAACAUUUGAGUAAGGAGGUGGAAGAGGUGAGGACUGCACUACGGCUUGCUGAAGAAGAGAAGAGAAAACCACACCCACGUUUACAGGAAUUGGAGAUGGAAAUAACUGAGACAAAGGCUCAUUAUCAGGCACAACUUCAUUUGGAAAUAAGGAAGGCUGCACAGUCCCAAGAACAGCUUCGUCACUUCUCUCAAAUGGAGGAGGAACGAGUCGCAAAUUUGGAAACCCGAGUCUCUGAGCUUUCUGAUCUUGUCGGUACUUAUGACAAGGGUAAGCAGAAAGACAAGAUGACAAUUCACAAACUGAAAGAGCGAAUUAUACAAUUGGAUAUGGAGAACAAGACUUUGGCCAAUGCUGCAUCCAACAGAACAUCGUUGGAUCUAAUGGUCGAUGAAUCUAAUCUAGAUGUCAAUAUUUUGAGAGACAAAAUGGAAAAGCUAAAGAAACUGUUGGCACUGGCAGACCGGAAAUCACAGGAACCCUUAGACAUGGAGAAGCUUUGUGAAGUUGAUUCCACAGACACACCUGACACGUCAGAUGGAGAGAAGGCUUCUGUUUUCUAUUAUCAACAGGAGUUGAAACAGUUGAAGGAAGAAUUUGAACGCUAUAAAAUGAGGGCUCAAGUUGUGCUCAAAAACAAGAACACUAAAGAUGGCAAUACAACCAAAGAGUUAGAGACUUUGCGUGAGCAGCUGGCAGAGCUGAAAGAGAAGUAUAUUACCCUCCGCCUUGCAUGUGAUGAAAUGGAAGCCAAGCACAAAUGUGAUAAUGAGGCACAUAAACAGUAUAUUACCCAGCUUCAAACAGCUCAUAAGAAAGAAAUGGAAAAGAUUGAGAUCCAGUAUCAUGAAAGAGUUAUUAAACUGGAAGAAGAAAUGCACAAACAUAGAGACAGGGCUCUUGCAGUCUUAGCGGAGAAAGACAGAGAGACUGAAACACUACGCUUGGGCUCCAGUGGGCUAUCAAGUCAUAAAAACUAUGUUGAAAACAAGUUUUGGUCUGAGGGGAAUGGUUCUCAGAAUGAAGAUGAUCUUCAAGAUGAUUUCUGUCAAGCUAUUGUGAAGCAGACUGCUAAAUAUUCAGGACCUAAUGAGCCUACUUUUCUUCACUAUGCAGAACAGCUGGCACGAAAGGAGCUUGAGGUCACAACACUGAGGAAGCAAAAACACCAAAUGGAAGCUGUAGUUCAUCAGCUGGAGGACAGUCUCCUAAUGGAGAAAGAAAGGCACAAAGAAAAUGUUGAGGCUCUUCAAGAUGAAAUACAGAAACACCUCAGAGAUAAAAAUCGGGAAGGAUCCAACCUGGAAUAUGUGAAAAAUGUGACCUACAGGUUCCUGACCCUGUCUGAUGCUCUGGGGCGCCAGCAGACACUGACCGCUAUUCUCACCAUUCUGCAUUUCAGCCCUCAGGAGAAGCAGAAUGUGAUGAAGCAUCAGGCCAGCAGUUGGUGGAGUUCUGGGAAAAGAUGAUUUGUGCGAUAUUUAUUAACUCCUGAUUGUUCUUUGAUCUUAAAUUCCACUUUUUACACUCAUUCAUUCUCAUAGUUUUUUGCUAGGCCAUUUCUGAUUUUCGUAUCUCCAAAGUUUGAUAUCAUUGCCAUUAACCUGAAAAUUAAUACCUUCAAAAUCGCAUUAUGAUACUUCCGUAUUUGACAAUGAUGUAAAAUUGGAAUGUUUUGUAAACUGGUUCAUAUCUGCAAUUUUUACAGGAUUAAGGACGUGAACCUGAUACGAAAGAAGAGAAAAAUGUUUGUGACAAUAUUGUUUUCGUAAUAUCUGCUUCAAAUGCUGGUGCUAAAAAGCUUUGCCUUGGGAAAUAGCAGCCUUAUUGACGAAAAUAACUUUUUAGUUUCCUGUUCAGUUCUGAUUAUAAAAUGGAAUGACCAAUAACUCUUACUUCCAUUUCAUUCAUUUUAUGUAUAGGUUUUGAUCCUGUGUGGUUGAAACAAUAAGACAAACUUGACAUCUGCCUUGAACUUUUUUUGUGAUGAAAGGUCAUCCAAAUUUGUGACAAUAAUUAUUUCCACAAAGAGCUCCAUCUAAGCUGGGUCAAUUCUCAUUAAACAAAAGAUUUGGAAUUGUU